UUCCGGUCGGCAAUCGGAAAUGAAGCGGGGCGCCGUAAUAACGACACUUCUGGUAUAUUACCGGAAAACACGGAAAGCAAUAGAGCAGCCGUACAUUUCAAUUGAUUCGCAUGCACAAGUGAUUGGGUUCUAGUCGGUUUAAAUCUAACGUUUAAUCUUUAAUUAUCCCUGAAGUAUUCGUCAUUGAAACAAUAAGUUAUUAUUAAGCAAUUGACGAUUUUUCGUGCGUUGCCUCGACUUUGUCAUUAAUAGAAAUGUGUCUGGGUUAGUGAAAGCUGUUCCAUAAAUUUUGGCGGAAUGUUCAACAAGGAGAGGGAAACGAAGUCGCGGAAAACGAGGAAAUGUGUCAAGCUCGAAGAGUUGGUUUUGCCGAAUGCCAAGUUGAAAUUUUGCCCGGAUCAGCUGCAGAAUUUGAACUAUAUCAUCAACAGAAGGCUGAAUCAACAGUCGUCUUCAGUCACGGACAAAUUACUUCCUCUUGCCAAAUCUGUUAGCGAACGACUGGUCCAACGGUUGGUGUGUGGAGCAGGAAUGUUGGAUUCUAGAUUUUCGUCGAAAUACUUGAUUUCUAAUGAUAAUCAUCGGACUGGUAUACAAUCGAAUAAACUUGACUAUAUAGUAAGACUAGAUUGUUUGUCGACUCCUAAACUGUAUGAAAGUGAUUCCCAACCAAAGUAUUCUAUUAUUGAAACGGAUUCAGAUUAUCCAGCUGGAUAUGCAAGGAUCAAGCUGCAUACAUCAACAUUCAAGAUUUGGGGAGACUACACUAACUCGAAUGGAUAUUUACGAAGAGAUAAAGUUCAAGCGAGGUUUGUUGAACUACUGGCGAUGGCCGCUUCGAAAGAAGUUCCUAAUUCUCCUCUUCAUGUUGAUGAAUCCAUUUUAUGUGGCAUUCCAGGAAAAGUAAUGGAUGCUUUCGCUGCCUAUAACGUCUUGAAGGCUCCACCAGAAAAACAUGUUUAUUACGGACCAGGUGGUAAUGUGCCAAGAUUUCCCGAUCCCAGAGACUUCAGACUCGCAAUAGUCGAUGAACCAAGCGGAAUAAGAUUGAGACUAGAAUUCCUGUCGCCGGCCCUCUCCAGCGUGUCCAUGGAUAUUAGGAUUUUAGUGGCCAUAGGCAUCGAUGCAUGGCCUUCCUCGACGAAUUUUCCGAUGAGAAUUUCUCUGGGGCAUUCUGACUGUUUACUUUAUCAUCAAGCUGCACAAACGGUAUCCUACAAAAUUUUAACCGAAUACAUAUUGCUGACGAUAUUACUAGAAGAACUUGAAGACGAUUCCAGAAAUCCCAUAACGGAUAUGAUAAACUGGUCCCCUCUUUAUUUAUCUACACAUUUGCUUAGGUUACUAGAUAAAAUCAUUCCAAAGCUGAUAGCCGAAAAACAACCGAAUUAUUUCUUCAGGAAAUCCAAUUUAUUAGUGAAUCCAGGACAUCUUUCUGAUGACGACUUCACCAUCGAAGCGAACAAUGUGAAAUCUGUUAUGAUGCGCCUGUUUGAUGAAUCUUUAACUUCCACAAACGGUAAUGAAGAAUUUGAAAGACUGCUUUCAGCUCAAGAAGGAGAAAUGAUCCUCCUUCAUAAAUGGAAAGAGCUGGUUGAAGGAUUACUUCCACCUGCAGGAACCAGAGGAAGAAGAUUCUGCUUCGCGGGGUCCAAAAAUAAACAGGAUAUCGCUCAUACGCAGUAUACAUUCCGACAACUUGAUUACGUGGGGCUACUAUUGAAUAAAAUGCUGAAUGUUCGUCAAAAUAUUUUACAGGUUGACCAAACCACUUGGGACGAUACAUUCCAGCCCAAUCACUACCAACAUGACCAUCCCCUCGAAGAUAUUAUAUUCAUUCUUGUUACCAUCAUGGAUCAAGCAAGAGACCAGUACCUAUCGUCUCAAACAAAUCCAGCUAUAUUAAAAAACCGUUUGAAAAUCAAAAGUAACUAUAACACGUAUACCUCCAAGCUUGUGGAUCUCAUGAGAAAGGACAAGGAUCUCUCAACCUUCAACUGCGACGAAGACUUGGUCCUGGUGAAAACCAUCCUCAAGUGGUUGUACCGAGGUAUGGACGCGAGCAAAAAGUGUCUUGGUCCAAUUCUGAGGCCGUACCUGAAUAAUCUAUUCUCCACAUCUCACGCAGUUUCUUGGCACAUGGAUUCCAUCAAAGAGAGAAUGAGUACAGAUGAAAUGUCAGCACUGGGAUCAUUUGCUGACAUGGUCAACUCUGGGAAAAUUACACCAGCGCAGGGACUCAUUGACUCCGUCAACAAAAACUGGACUUGGGCUAAGAAUAUGUUGUCUAUGGUAGAAAAAAACACAUUGAGAGUUGUUUUUGUGUCUGGAAGAGGACAAGUAUAUAGACACAUUCUUUCUCUCCCUUCUUACCAGAAAAAAGAUAUCCAGACUGGGAGUAAGACUAUGGAAUCACCAAAUGAAAUGAUGCCUAUAUCGAGACAACGGACCUUGCCUAACCGAAGUUACUUCAAUUCCAUUUUGAAUGAAAAAUCGAAAGACGAUAAUGAAGAUAUUAUUCCCCAAUAUGAUUGUCUGCGAAAUGCCAGUCCACUGAAUAUGAUAUGUGACCAAAAGCACAGAAGAGGGGAACAUAGAGGAGGAGGUGACAUCUUCAAGGCACUUGCCUCGAUGCAGAAACUGAGCGUGUUUCAUGAAGUGGCGAUGUCUUUGCCACCAGAAGACCGUGUUCAACUUGCCGAUCUGAUCCAUAGCAUCCAGACAACGAAGUCUAAAAAAUCUACUAAUAAAAGAUGGUCAGGAACUCUUCCUCAAGUCAACCAAAAGAGCAGAGUGGGUACCACCACUGAAACUAUUCAGAAGUAUACUCCAACAGAGGAGAGCGCUGGGAUAAAAAUAGCGGGGAAAGAAGUUGGAAAGAAAGACGAGGUGUCCGCUGUUAGUUCUAGCAGCCUCCUCAAUACUUGUAGAGCAGCUAGAAUGAAGGAAGACAGCGGCGUAUUUUAUUUACAUGACAGUUUCAAGAUAAAAUCCUUACUGGGAAAAAGUGAUUCCUUCAAGUAUUGAAAUACAUUAGAGAUUUUUUAUUUGGUCCUAGUUGAUACAAAUAUGAGAUCAAUUAUUAAAAUAAAUAAGUAUAAGUGUACAAGUGAUAGUUUGAUAUCUUCCUAUUUGUAGUUUAUACAGGGUAUCUCUUAUAAUUUGAUAUUAUGCAAAAUUUUUGUAAUGAUUUGAGAUAGUUGUAAUGAACGUAUUCAGUACAAAUUAUUGUUACUGAAAUCGUGAUUGAUCAUGACGAAUAAAAUUCAAGAGAACUGUC